AUGCAUCCAGACCCAGCGCCCUCUGAUGACACCACCAACAAGCAUCAGAGUCAGAACCAGAAUCAGAACCAGAAUCAGAAUCAGAAUCAGUCCAUCGAAGCGGCUUCAGUUGACUCUAGCAACGCGGCCUCUGGCGCGGAGCACAAGCACCGCACAACAAGCGCUGCCUCUGCCGCCGCCGCCGCCGCCGCCGCCGCUGCUGCUGCUGCUGCUGAUGUAUCGGCCAAUUCAAGCCCCUCUCAGCGACACCGGAACGUUCGAAUCUUUCCUAACCGGAAAAACGCGACGUCCACACUCACCCCUCCUAUGUUGACCAACGUCGAUGCCAACAACAACCGCAAAUCACCACCACCACAGCGCCGUCGCUCCUUCUCCCUUCCCACCAACAAUCGCGAUCUGCAAAACCAAAUCAAGGCCCUUAGUGCUUCAGAAGCAACCAUGACCAACCUCAAUCUCCCAAGCCCGAGCACCUGCUUCCACAAGGAAGUGACCUCGCGUCGCUCUUCAUCCGCUCGCCCCCGACCUCUGGCUCAAAACACGCUCGUCAAGGUGACGGAAAACUUUCGCCAAGUUCACAACAAACUGCGCGAAUGCCCCGAGAAUCAAGCCGUCCUUCGCCAGCUACGAGAAGGCCUCGACGUGCUCCCCGUCUGGCCGGUGCCUCGCAACACCGCCCGCUGCCUCAACGGACCCAACGUCCGCCCACAUCCCAAUGGCCACGACGAUGAAAACCUCAACUUGCUCGUGUACGUUUCCGACACCAUUGUGGACCACAAUGGCCGUACCUUCACCAUCGAAAAGAAGCUGGGACAAGGCGCCUACGGCCAAGUUCUCAAGGCUCGGCUUGGCGAAUCGCACCAACGCUUUGCCCUCAAAGUCAUCCGCGCCGAACCCAACUACACUCGCCAAUCCGAGAUGGAGGUCACGGCUCUCGAGCACAUUCAGAAGCAGUUUGACAAUCGUCCCCAGCGACUACGACACUUGAUUCACCUCUAUACCUAUUUUUACUUCAAGCAGCACCUCUGCACUGUCUACCAGCUGGGAGAGAUCUCGUUGCUCGACGUUAUCGAGAAGAGCAAAGAGGGUCUCACCAUCAAGCAGAUCCGUCACUACACCGACCAGCUUUGUCAAGGUCUAAGUACCAUUCACGAGGCCGGCUUCAUCCAUGGUGAUCUAAAGCCGGAAAACAUCCUGGUCAACCACGCCCACGACAAGCCGUGCCCUGCGACCUCAUACCGGUCCGCUUGCAACAACAACAACAACAACCCACCUUUGCUCGCACAGGACCCGCGGACUCACCACAUCAAAAUUAUCGAUUUUGGCACGGCUUUUACCAGCGCCACCCUGCUGGGACGUGGCUACAUGCAGACGCGGCAUUAUCGAGCGCCGGAAGUCCUUCUUGUGGCGCAGUGUACCAACAACACCAAACGCCUCGACUACACCCCUGCCUUGGACGUGUGGUCACUCGCUUGCAUUCUGCUCGAAUGCUUUUAUUUUCAGCCUUUUUUUGCCGGUAGCUGCUCCUGGGAUCAAUUGCGGCAGUUUGAGCGUCUGCUGGGCCCGAUCCCAGAGAGUCUCCUGAUUCGUUGUAAGAUGACGUCCACCUUCUAUCGUCUGUCUCGAAGCCAAAACUGCGUCGUCCUCCGUGACUUUCGCAACAUGGAGCGUGAACAGCGCAGCAAGAAGCUCACCCGGGAAAACCCCAGCCCUUGCUCGCGCUUCAAGAUCAACACACUGGACGAUCUGGUCCUCUCACGCCCCAAUGAGCUCUCAGGCCCCGGCUCGCGACGCGCGUUUAUUCAUCUGCUCAAGGGCAUGCUGCAGUACGAGCCAACGACUCGCUGGAGCGCUGCGCAAAUUUUAUACCAUCCUUUCGUCAAGGGCACAGAUAUGGGCGUGCGGGACAAGUGGACCCCCGAGGACAUUCAGGUCAAACUCAACAAACCCACGCACUCAUGGAAGGCUCGUCGCGUGCCUCAAAAGAACCGUGAGGCCACAGGCAUGACGCACGUCGAAGGACCAGCGAACAGCGCUUUGCCACUGGAACAAGCCCUCAAGCAACCUGAGCCGGGCACGGCCCGCUCAAAUGCGCGCGCUGCGCAACGCGUUUCACGCCAGAAUCGCAACCGCAAGGGUGUCAAGGGCAAGAGCGCCACCAAACCGCUUUCAUUCUUACCUCCCCAGUAUGCCACCAAAACUGGUAACCUCUUCGACAAGGAGCGCGGCAAGGCCUCGGAGCAUGACCAAGAAGUGGCCAGCCAUCAAGACCGCUUACUGCAGGAGCUGCGUCGAGCGGACGCCACGACCACCUUAACCGAGGGUGCAAGCACGGGGGCGUCGACUCGGUCCUCCAUCAGCUCGGUGGGAUCAGUGGGAUCCAACUACUCCACUUACUCACGCCUUGAGGGAUCGGCAGCUGCUUCCGCUGCGUCCACGCCCUCGAGCGUGGUGAGCCGGGCCUCCACGACCACCAAAUACCGCACUGGCUUGGACUCGGCUACCCUCGACGCCGACAAUAUGCUGAUUGUGCGUGGAGAGGACGGCCACGUGAUGUACGCCGUGCCUCUUGAAGAAAUGGAGGACGGCGAUGACGCGGACGUGCGCAGUGUUGUGACAGACUUUAGUAGUUACAGUGAAGUGGAGGACGACGAUGACGACCUCAUGGACCCUUCAGACUGCCUGGGACCAGAGGAAGACACGACGCUGGACGCCGGUGUGCCGGACACAAGCGCCAGCACCAUCCGGGACACUGAAAGUGCGAUUGCCCAGGCAAGCGCUGCUGGAGCCCAUGCUCCCGUGGUUGCAGCUGCCGGGGCUCCAGAGGCACCGAAUGUACAACCGCUGCCCGGCGGUGUCAUGCCCGAGAUGCACUACUACCAUCACCUGCCAAACAUGCAUGCCGCGGCAGGCCACAUAUCGUACAACGUGUCACCAUUCCAGCAGCCCAUGCCCUAUGCUCAAGUUGCACCGGGCCACCCACAUGCUUGGAUGAUGUCUGGUCAAAUGAUGAUGAUGCCUCAGCAGACUGACGCGGGCAUGGUCAUGCCGACCCACCUCCAGGGACACUUGACACAACCACAACAGCCACCAACAGCUGUGCCAGCGCCGGCCACACAGCAGGCAGCGCCAACCGAUGGUGGACCAGCGCUGACACAGCCGGAAGAGGCCGUCCACAUGACCUUUGUGUAA